AACGCCGCACCUACUUUUUUUUUUUCCCAUUUUUGGCCGUCGCCGUCGCCGUCGUCUUCUUCCUUUUCAGCCUGAAAACCAUGGAACGAGACCAGUCCUCUUCGGCCCCUAGGAAGCACAAGUUUGCACCCAAAGCCCCUCCUCGCAGAGGGCCCAAAUCCACCGCUCCCAAAACUGAAGUGGAUGACGAAGAUGGAGAAGCUGAGCAGGUCCAGCAUCUGCUCCGCCGCUUCAAUGAGAAUCAUGGAAGACGGAGGCUUAAAGACGAAAAGAAAUCUUCCAUUCAAGUUGCAUUUGGUCCUGGAGAGACGCCAUCAACUCAGAUAAAGAGAUACGGGAGUGUUAAGGAUGGGAAUGGUGGUAAAAGCAGUGGUUCGGACACAAAAAGUUCUGAUUAUGGGCAAACUCUCUUAUCUUUACCUUCAGCUGCCAAUGAAAAUGUCAGAGAAGCAUGUUCUGCAGAUUCCACCACUAAAUCUGGGGAGCUUGUCAAGAAAGAAUAUAGAGAACCUUGGGAUUAUCACAACACUUACUAUCCUACUACUCUUCCUUGGAGGAGACCUCACUCUGGUGACCCAGAACUUCUUGAUGAAGCAGAAUUUGGGGAGGCUGCAGCAAAUGCAGAGUACAAUGAAAAUGCAAUAAAUCCUGCUUCAGAGCUUGAGCUGAUGGAGGAAAGUGAGGAAGAAAAGAUGUUUCUCUUUAAGCUUCCUGAUAAUCUGCCAUUGCUCAAGCGAUCGUCUAGUAGAAAGGGGAAAGAGAAAGUUGAAGCCCAUACAUCAUCGGAUGGAGGAGGCGUUUUGAACAAGGGCUGCAGGUUGGAAGAGUUGCCGGGUGGAUAUAUGGGCAAAAUGCUGGUUUACAAGAGUGGAGCAAUCAAAUUAAAGCUAGGAGAUGUCCUGUAUGAUGUUUCACCUGGUUCAGAUUGCACAUAUGCUCAAGAUGUUGCAGCAAUCAACCUUGCAGAAAAACAUUGUUGUGUUCUGGGAAAGCUUGACAAAAGGGCUGUCAUAGAUCCUGAUGUUGAUUCCCUGUUGGAUGCCGUAAUUAACUUGGACUAGCGGAACGCAAAGACCUUGCCUGAAAUAUAAACACUUCCAUCCAUGGCGCAUUAUAGAGCUAUCAUAUGCAUAUAGGUAGACUAGUUAAUGAGUAAAUAUGUAACUGCAACUGCUGACAAGGCGGCUUGUGCCGAGCUUAGGAUGUCAAAUUCCGGAACUACAUUUCUCUUCAGAAAAUCUUAUCUCUUGGUGCACAAAGCAUCUCUAAUGGAAUACGUCUGUUUUU